AAGAUGGACAUGAGUACGUUCAGUCUGCAAAUACAACAGAGUUUUCAAUGAACAUUGCACCCAGAAUCCGACCAGUUUUGCGGUACGAGUGCCAACACAGGUACUAGUGCCAAUACUGGUACUGUCAGUGUCACUGUCAUUUGUCAUUGCCAUGGUCGUUGUGCUCCAGCUAAACCUGUGCCUAUUUGAAGAAAGAGACCAUCGGCAAGCUUCCUCUUCCUCUUCCUGCCCGCAAGCUAAGCCGGACCUUAGCUACCCCUUAGCUACCCCAUAGGCUCGUUGUACUCCGUACUGUAGUCUUUACGAGUAACAGUUGGGAGCCAAGACGCGCAGCCAACUAAACUUGACCUUGCACGGCGGGGGCGCACGAAAAUCCAGUAGGUAGCAGCCCUGUGCAGGCGACGCAGGGCACGAUUGGCGGGCCCGGUCUAGAACUCUAGAACCACCUGGAAUCCACAAGAGCCCAGAGCAAUUAUUACUCAGGAAGGACUUGUCCUCCCAGUGCGAGUACUCGUACUGGCUCCGUACCUAAACACUACCAUACACCACACGCCAAAAGGUCCAUACCACACACAGUCAGACUCACUAGCACCUAGGGCCAGGGAAUCCCUAGGCACAAUUGCUACGCUUCAGACUGUAGAUAGGGACUGACACGCACGCCUAGACUCGCGAUCCAGCGUCACGGUUGCCAUCACCAAGCGAGGACCUCUUCAUUCCCCCGCGAUUCAUUGCCAUCGAGCCUGGUCCCUUAUCACCGUUCGAGGGACCCCACUCGAGGAGUGCACUGGUACUGCUACUGCUACGGUACGGAGGCUUCACUCCUUGUCAGCUAUUCUAGUCUCCCCUUGGGACGGGCUGGCCAGGACCAAGACAUCGACAUACAGGCCUCUCAGGGCACGGGUAGAUCCGUACGCACCCAGUCCAGUCAGUCCGGUCAGUCCAGUCGGUAGUGUGACCUGAAAUCCGAUCGUCUCUCCUCGAAUCCUCUCUACACCACACCACUACACCACUACACCACUCCUACACCUAACACCUAACACCAAAAUCACACUAUCGCCUCCCGGAAGAAAGCAUCUACACCACCAUACGGAAAGAUUCCCGAGCCUUGCCGGACUCCAAUAUCGAACAGGUGCUCACGAAUCACACACGACAUCCUCGUCGAUCUUCCAUUCAAUCAUUAAACAACCCUUCAAACUCGAUCUCGGGAUCUCUGGAUGCUUUUCUGGAGAAAGACAUUAGGGUUGGUGGGAUGCACGAGACACGAAAGAUCCCCAUGGAGUCAGGGGCUAAUGUUCCCCGAACGUACAGACCCCUUCGUCAGCGAGUGAGGCCACGGCCGGAGAAGGAGAAAGAGAGAAAGGGCCCAUCAAUUUGGAGAACGGAAUAUGAGGAAAUGGAUCGUGGUCGAGAAAUGGCGGCCGCGUUCAACGAUCGAUCGACCCUCUGUCUACCCGACUUCGAAAGUGGUUCGGUUCUUCAUGCAGGAGACGAGCGCUUUCGAGAUGUUGCGAGGGCCCAUUUCAAACCAGCAGAGAACAAUGCAACCGAAGGACUAGUAAAACUCAAGUCCCAACUUCGGAAUGCCUCCACCCACGACUUUUGGGCAAUGCUGACCAAGGAGAUGUGCGCCAUCACGGGUGCACAGUGUGGAUACGUCUCCAAAAGGAUCCUAGUAGAUGACAGAGACAGUGCGAUUGAGAUGCCCUCAGAGGGUGACCCAGGUCUAUGUUUAAUGGCCGUUGCUUUCUACCUGGACAAUGGAGAAGAUGUACCGCAGUUGCAUCGAGAUUAUAACUAUUAUACACACGGAACAGCCUGCGCUCAUAUGAAGCACGACAAAGUUCUCAUCGUGCCGGAAAGGUUGGAUGAAUUUAUACCUAACAAUCCCAAUGCAGGUGUCCUACCUUGGAAGCAAUCCGAGGCAUUUAUUGGAGUUCCCCUCUUCAGUGAAGGAAAGAACUUUGCCCACUUUGGCUUGAUAUGGUCGGUGGGUGGAGCCGCGAAGAGGAAGUUAUCCUGGGGAUAUAUCGAGAUGUUUCUGCACUCACUGGGGGACAUCAUUGCAGACAGGAUACUCGAAGGUCGCGGCUUCGCAAAGGAAGUGGCACCAGAAGCCAAAGCGGCCAAGGUCAUUCCCCUCUCAGCCAUCACCUCGUCACAAUCUCUCAAGCCUUAUGCGAGAAGCCUCUCUCAUGAGUUGAGAACGCCGAUGCAAGGAGUAGCCGGUCUGCUGGAUAUCAUGUACUCAACAAUAAUCGAUGCGAUGCGUCACCAACAGAGUGGACCAAACCAGGAUGUUUUCACAACCCUCAAGAAGCAUAUUGAGACAGUUCAAGGUUGCUCAUUCUUCUACUCAACGCCAUACUCUUUACUGACCAAUCCACAGACAGUUCCAAACGGGCGAUUGAAGCGGCCGAUAAUGUAGUCUACGCUUAUUCCAACAAUAUGGAGAUGCCGGAUACACCAUUAACACAAUCCGUCGUCGCCAAUGACUCGGCUCCCACGGCCCAUGUACCAACCUUGGCCAUCAAGAACUUGGAGGUACCUGGAAGAUUACCGUCGCCACCUAGCACCAAACGCAAUUGUGACGAUGAUCUCCAAUGUCAUCCGGGGUCGCCAAGAAAACGCGUGUUCACGAUUUCAGAAACGGAAAUUUUACGGAAAUAUUACCCCGAAGAUGGAAUCACAUCGUGUGGUGUAUGUGGAGUGGUUGCUGCGGACACUGCUGCAUCUAUCCUGUCCCCUCCAGCCCAGGAGGUGGAGACGAUAGAGAGCAGUCCCAGAGCAACAUCCGCCAUUGUGAGCUCCAAUCAUGGGCGAGUGGUCACAAGAGAGUUCAUCAGGACCCUGUUGAACGAAGCUUUACGAAACGGACACCCAACUAGCGAAGUGCGCAUUGAGACGGACCUGGGUGAAACGAUUGAAGUCCAAACUCUCACUUCGAGGGGCGAGGUUCAAUCCAGAAACAUUUCUUUGAUGAUCGAGGCAGAAGUUCCGGAAGUCAUCCUCGUCGAAGAGUCACACUUACAAUUUGCGUUACAAAAGAUUGUUGACAAUGCCAUCAAGUUCACAGACAAUGGAAGUAUCACGAUCACGAUCAAGAUGGCUAAAUAUCUUCGAUUUUUCGAGAUAUGGGUUGUUGACACAGGAUGUGGUAUCGCGGUGGAGUCACAACCAAAUGUCUUCAAACCACACUUCCAAGAGGAUUCUUCCACCAGCCGAGCUCGUGAUGGCCUCGGGCUGAGUCUGUUUAAUGCAAAAGCCCAUGUAAGGAAAAAUCUUGGUGGAGAUGUGACGUUGGAGAAAUCAUCCACUCAAGGGCCGUCCAAAGGCUCCACAUUUCUCAUCCGCCUCCCUAUAUCAACCUUUGAUCUCAUCAAUAUAGAUGCGCCUCUGGUCGGGGACCCCCCACAUCGUUCAUUUUCUAUGGUACAUGGUCUCCCGACACCAGAAUUUGAGUUGAAUAUCCCUGCCACGACACCACCUGUAUCUGUGGACGGCGAUAAAAUGAUACCAUUUGGACCAGCUUCGAGGUCAACCAAGAUAGGCCCCCACAAACGCCCUGCAUUCAAUCCGGCACUUGCUACAAAAUGCCCUUUAAACAUACUAAUAGCAGAAGACAAUGCUAUCAACCGAAAUGUUGCUGUAGGAUCACUGAACAAACUUGGAUAUCCCAAAGACGAUAUCACGGUUGCAUUUGAUGGCGUGGAAGCGGUUCAAUAUUAUCGGGAGUCAUUAUCCAAGCCACCAGAACAACAGUUUGAUGCUAUAUUGAUGGACAUUUGGAUGCCUAAUAUGGAUGGAUUUGAAGCGACGGCGAAGAUUCUUGAUUUGGCCAAGAAUAACGGAGCCAAGACCAAAAUCAUCGCAGUUACAGCGGAUAUCACAGGAGAAUGCCUUUCCAAGGCUGAAUCGGUCGGCAUGCAAGGGUUUCUGGCGAAGCCGUACAAAGUUCUCGAUAUUGAGAAUCUGAUAUUACGACACUUUCAUAAAGCAAAGUGA